AUGCUAAGCACACUCGACCUUCGUAACAACUCUUUCACGGGAAACAUUCCGGCCACCAUAACGAAUUGCUCCAACCUCCAGAUCCUUGAGUUGGAUAACAAUAAUCUGGUCGGCAAGAUCCCAGAUGCGAUUGGUUCACUGUCCAUGCUAAGCAUCCUCGGCCUUCCCGGUAACAUUCUACAAGGUGGAAUUCCACCUGAAAUCGGGCGCCUCUUUAGAUUACAAGAACUAUAUCUUUUUAACAACUCUUUCACGGGAAACAUUCCGGCCACCAUAAGGAAUUGCUCCAACCUCCAGAUCCUUGAGUUGGGUAACAAUAAUCUGGUCGGCAAGAUCCCCGAUUGGAUUGGUUCAUUGUCAAUGCUAAGCACACUCGACCUUCGUUACAACUCUUUCACGAGAAACAUUCCGGCCACCAUAACGAAUUGCUCCAACCUCCAGGUCCUUGAGUUGGGUAACAAUAACCUGGUCGGCAAGAUCCCCGAUUGGAUUGGUUCAUUGUCCAUGCUAAGCACACUCGACCUUCGUAACAACUCUUUCACGGGAAACAUUCCGGCCACCAUAACGAAUUGCUCCAACCUCCAGAUCCUUCAGUUGGGUAACAAUAAUCUGGUCGGCAAGAUCCCCGAUUGGAUUGGUUCAUUGUCAAUGCUAAGCACACUCGACCUUCAUUACAACUCUUUCACGGGAAACAUUCCGGCCACCAUAACGAAUUGCUCCAACCACCAGUUAUCGGGUGUUAUUCCAGAGUGUUGGGAGAAGUGGUCGAGCUUGGUACUCUUAUGGUUAAGUGGUAAUUAUUUGUCAGGUGAGAUUCCAAGAACAUUGGGGUCUAUACCUUUGUUGCAAAUUUUAGGCACAAGUCGGAACAAGAUUUCAGGAGGAUUACCUUCUUCCCUAUUGAAUUUGUCAUACUUAAAGGUCCUUGACCUUGGAAGAAAUAAUCUUGCGGGAAUCAUUCCACCAUGGAUUGGAAUAAAACUCACUAUGUUGAAAAUUCUCAAUCUUAGAUCCAACAAUUUUUACGGAAAUACUCCUGACCAGCUAUGUUAUCUUUCACAAGUUCAAGUCUUGGAUCUUGCUGAUAAUAACCUCUCAGGAAAUAUUCCUAGAUGCUUCAACAACUUUAGUGUGCUUUCCGGAAUAGAAACUAAUUUAGAGGUUCAAUUAUCAUUCUAUCUUGAUGGUUGGUCUUUUAUUUUUGGUGAUUCAUUGGUGAUGAAGGGACAAGAAGCCGAGUAUGGAUCUUUUCUAGGGCUAGUCAUGCUUUUGGACCUUUCGAGCAACAAGUUUUCUGGGCAGAUCCCUAGUGAGCUUACCACCCUCCACAAGCUAAAUUCGUUGAAUUUAUCAAGAAAUCAAUUGACAGGAGAGAUCCCAAAUAAGAUAGGAGACAUGAAAUCACUUGAGUCUUUGGAUUAUCAGUAA